AUGAAACGCAUCAAUGUCACUCUUCGCCUCCGCCAUUUUCCAAAAUCCAGAAAAAUUCACACCCAAAGAGUCGCUUUUUCUUCAACCAAACCGGAAUUCAAACCGGAUGGGAUAUCUGUUGAUUACAACUUCCUGGGUCAGGUACUGGACACAAACCCGGAUCACAAAACCCUCAGAACAAUCCACUCCAGAAUCAUCCUCCAAAACCUAAACCGCGACUCGUCUCUAGGAGUUAAACUCAUGAAAUCGUACGCUUCUUUAAAAGACGUACCCUCAGCACGCAAGGUGUUCGACGAAAUUCCCGAGAGAAACGUGAUCAUCCUCAACGUCAUGAUCAGAAGCUACGUGAACAACGGGCUUCACCGCGAAGGUAUCCAACUGUUCGGGACGAUGUGUGUCUUCGAUGUUAGACCCGAUCAUUACACUCUCCCUUGUGUUCUAAAGGCCUGUUCUUGCUCUGGGAAUGUUACCGUUGGGAGGAAGAUACACGGGUCCGCUACAAGAGUUGGGCUUGCUUCGACUUUGUUUACUGGGAAUGGGUUAGUUUCGAUGUAUGGAAAGUGUGGGUUUUUAUCUGAAGCGAGGCUUGUCCUUGACGAGAUGUCAAGGAGAGAUGUGGUUUCUUGGAACUCGUUGGUCGCUGGGUACGCGCAGAACCAGAGGUUUGAUGAUGCGUUGGAGGUUUGUAAGGAAAUGGAGGAUGUGAAGGUAAGUCACGACGCUGGCACGAUGGCUAGUCUGUUACCAGCAGUGACCAAUACGACGGUGGAUAAUGUUACGUUUGUUGAAACUAUGUUUUCGAAAAUGGGGAAUAAUAAGAAGAGUUUGGUUUCAUGGAACGUGAUGAUCGGUGUGUAUAUGAAAAACGCUAUGCCUGUUGAAGCUAUGGAGUUGUAUUCCCGAAUGAUGGAGCCUGAUGCGGUCUCGAUCACAAGUGUGUUACCUGCUUGUGGAGAUACAUCUGCUCUGUCUCUCGGUAAGAAGAUCCAUGGAUACGUCGAGAGGAAGAAGCUAAUACCGAAUGUUUUGGUUGAGAAUGCGUUGAUUGACAUGUACGCGAAAUGUGGAUGUUUAGACAGAGCAAGAGAUGUGUUUGAGAGUAUGAAGUCUCGUGACGUUGUGUCUUGGACAGCUAUGAUCUCAGCUUAUGGAGUCAGUGGGAAAGGCCGUGACGCCGUGGCGUUGUUUUCCAAAAUGCAAGACUCUGGUCUCGUCCCUGAUUCGAUUGCAUUCGUCACAACGUUAGCUGCUUGUAGCCACGCGGGUUUGCUUGAAGAAGGUCGGAGUCUUUUCAAACUCAUGACGGAGCAUUACAAGAUUACUCCUAGGUUAGAGCAUUUAGCUUGUAUGGUUGAUCUUCUUGGCCGAGCUGGGAAAGUGAAAGAGGCUUAUAAGUUUAUACAAGAGAUGUCAGUGGAACCAAACGAGAGAGUUUGGGGAGCGUUACUAGGAGCUUGUCGGAUGCAUUCAGAUACAGACAUCGGUCUAGUGGCAGCUGAUAAGUUGUUUCAGUUAGCACCUGAGCAAUCUGGUUACUACGUGUUGCUUUCUAACAUCUACGCAAAGGCUGGAAGAUGGGAGGAAGUUACAAAGAUCAGAGAUAUAAUGAAGAGCAAAGGGUUAAAGAAGAAUCCUGGAGCGAGCAACGUUGAAGUCAAUGGAGUAAUCUAUACAUUCUUGGUAGGUGACAGGUCACACCCGGAGUCUGAUGAGAUUUACAGAGAGCUGGAUGUUCUAGUGACGAAAAUGAAAGAGUUAGGGUAUGUUCCUGAUUCGGAAUCGGCGCUUCACGAUGUGGAAGAGGAAGAUAAAGAGACGCAUUUGGCUGUUCAUAGUGAGAAGUUAGCAAUUGUGUUUGCUCUGAUGAACACAGAGGAAGGAGAAGAAGAGAGUGAUGCCAUAAGAAUAACGAAGAACCUUAGGAUCUGUGGUGAUUGUCAUGUUGCAGCAAAGCUUAUCUCGCAGAUAACUUCACGCGAGAUUAUCAUCAGAGACACUAAUAGGUUUCAUGUGUUCCGGUUUGGUGUUUGCUCUUGUGGUGACUACUGGUGAAAUUAAUGUUCAAGAUACAAACGCAGCUUUUUGAUGAGAGUGAAAGUCUGACCACCAAUGAUUAAAUCCCAUAGGUGUUUUAACUGGUUUAGCUUGAGCCACCCUAAACACAUUUAUAACCUUCUUCGAAUAUUUCUCAUGUGACAGUUGAGGAAUCCACUUAUAUUUAUAUAUCUUAUGAUCUCAG